CAAAAAGUGACCAUUAAUAAAUGAAUCUACCUUUUCCUUCCAUCUUCCAGCCAAAGACGUCCGCUUCAUCUUCGCUUAUCAAUGACACAACCUUUUCCUUCAUCUUCCAGCCGUACGUCCGCUCCAUCUCGCUCAAGGGUUCAUGCUCCGAACCAGCAUCUUCCUCCACCAACUGGUCUCGUCUGACGGCGGUAAAGGGCGACGAAGUCCAACGGCAAGGCCUUUAACUCCAUCGUCGCCUCUACCGCUCCCUUCCUCCGCUGCCAGGUCUGGUCCCCACCCUCUUCAUUGGCAAUCCUUUGAUUUUCUUCUCCAUUCUUCUGUCCGUAAAAAUCCGCUACUAGCUAGAUUUGGAACUCCUUGAUCAUUUUCUUUGCAUCGGCUGUUAUAUAUGUAAUCCUAAUUCUAGUUAUAUUAUACAUGAUGUUUUAAUACUUAGAUAGGAAGGUAAAUCAAGGUUAGAAAGUAAUUAUAUUUAAUGGACUCUAAUUGAUUUAUUCAAUUGGAUCAUUAAAAUAGGUCUGGCCUGUUUCAGUCUUAUUCUCUUUUGGGCCUGAUUUAUUCCUUGGUGAGCUCGGUUCUCCUUAUCUGACCCAGCUCUUUCUCUCGCAUAUAAAGGGUCUCCUUCUUACCUUCUAGAGACAUCUUUUGCGUCAUUUUUACUAAACCCUAAUACAGAGAGGCGAUAGAGAGAGAGAGAGCUUGCAAAGUGUUAACCUCUGGUUUUCUUCUUCGUGAUCUGUGAUACACUUGAGUCCAGAAUAAGCUGAGAAAGGCGAGGAUUAAACCGUGUGGUGAAGCGUAGAUCCAAAGCAGUUGAUUCGAGUCCAAGAAUCUGAUAACUCCUGGGUUUUGAUAGUUUCGUUCGGUUAUUUCUGUUCCUUUUCUUAUUUUAUUCGUAUGCUUAUUUUUGGCUGAUUCUUGUGUGUUAGAUCUGUUAUUUUUGUUCCUUUCUUUGCAACCAUCUGUGUAUUCAAACUAUUUUGAGCUAGUGGAUUCUUGGGACCGGGUUUCCCCUGUUGAAACCCCGCAGAGUAGGAUUUAUCCGAACUGCGUCAACAUAUCGUGUGUUCUUUUCUUUAAUUUCUGUUUUGGUUAAACUUGAUAAUUGAAUCCGAUAUUUUGAUUGUGACUAUCGAUAUAGUCUGUGAACACCGGCAUCUGGGAUUUCAGAUUGGGGGUCGGCGGCGGUGCAAAAUGAUUGGGAAAGCUGGGGAAGAGGUGGGGCAGGUUUGUUCGGGAAUUGGACUAAUAAGGACGGCGACAAGGUAGGGGAUAGGUGUUGAUGGGUGUUGAUGUUGGGGGCAACGGCUUAGCCAUCGUUGCUGGUAGGCUUGGCCCCGUUUGGGACAGGGGAGAGCUGAAUUGGGGCCGAACCGGUGGGGGCUAUUGCUGCCUAGGUGGCCUGGGGGAUAGGGUGUGGCGGUGGUCGGAAGGGGCAGCAGCAGUGGUCAAUUGACAGGCGACAAUUGCCAAAUUAGGCGGAGCGGGACUGCGUCAGUUAUUGAUUGGCGGUGCUUGUCGGAGAUGUUGGGACGGUGGUGGGUUCACUGACCGGAGUCACUGGAGGCGGUGUGACUUGGCUCAGGUGUGUCACUUGCGGCGAUGUCACUAGUGGCAGUGUCACCGGUGGCGGUGUCACUGUGGCUAAAGGUUGGGGCGGAGACAUCACUACGGAGGUGUCACUGUGAUCGGCUACGGUAGAGAUGUCACCGCGGAGAUUAGCCGUGCAAAUGUCACUACAGAAAUGUCACUGCGGAGAUGUCGCUGUGUAUUAGUCUCAUUUUUGUCAAAAUGUAAUUGUUGUCAUUUUUUUGGAAUCAACUUUAAUUUAGUAAUAUUAAGGGAAUAACCUCUUAGUAAUAUCCAUGUAAAACACCCUCGUAAAUGUGACUAUUAUUAAUAGUCAUCAAAAUAAUAUUAUAAAAUAGCAACAAUAUUCAUAAUGAUAUUUCUUAUCAUUAUUAUUUUUGUCAUAAUUUUUAUCAUUAUUACACUAUUAUUAGUAAUUUUAUUUAAUUUCAAUUAAUAUUUCUAGUUUUGAAUAAUUAUUAACAACUUAAAUAAUAUGGUAAUAUUGAAGGGUAUACUAGACACUUAAUAUAAGAUAAAAAGUCACUGUGAAAAGCUAAAGUAUUUUUCUCAUUUUUAGUUUUUUCUCUUCAUACAGUCGAAUGAAUUGUGGUUCAUCGAACGCUGAAAAUAAUCGUUUGACAUAGUCAAACAAUCAAAAUCAAUCCAAAAAAAUUAAAAAUACUCUCUUUGUUCCGUUAAGAUUGUUCUAUUUUUUUGGUCCGUCUCACUAAUAUUGUCUCCUAUCAAUUUCGGUAAAUUAUGUGUGUUUCAAGUCAUUCUUAUUUUAUUUUUAUUUUAUCAAUUCAAUAUUAACUACAUAAAUUUAUUUUUAUUAAUAACCGCACUACCUACUCAUGUCUUCAUAUUAACUGGAUGGAACUAAUAACGAAACACCCCUUAAUCAAUUUGUAAAAAGCCGCUGCCUUUUUUUGGCCUUAUUUUAUGAAUAUUACUAAAUAAAGGCUUGAAGACAAAAAAGUGAUCACAUGAACAAAAUUCCAAAAAUAUGACUAGUAUCAAGUGACUUGCAAUUUUAGUGACUGAAAUUAGACCAAAUAGUGACCACUCGUGCAGUGACUUCCGUCACCGCCCCGAUUAAUGAUUGACGUUGCCGCUCUAAUAAGUGACUGUUGUCGCCCAUCCGGUGACUGCAGCCACUGCCCGUCCAGUGACUGCCGCCACUACCCGUCCAGUGAUUGCCGCCACCGCCCGUCCAGUGACUGCUGCUGCCCCUGAUCAGUGACUGCUGCCGUCCCCGAUCAGUGACUGCCACCGCCCACCGGUCACAGUGACACGCCAUCUCCGGCCAUAGUGACAUGCCAUCUCCGACCACACCAAUCCAUCCCUCCCAUACUCCUCACAACCCCGUCCCCAGCCCACCUCGCCAUAGCGUCGCCGCCGAGCAUCACCGCGGACCAUCGCCGCCAACCACUGCCCCCUAGAAUGUCGAGCAUAACCCUUAUGAAGGACUCCAAGCUUCUAAUUAUCAAUCAACAAAGAAACACACUUCCUAUAUUAUUGCAAAAGAUACGGACUUCCCAGACAAACUAUUCAUUCAAUGUAUAGUGGAUUUUUUUAGAAAAGUAUUCACUACAACUCAGACAAAUCCCUUUGAAGUUCCGUCUAAUUAUAAUAACAAGAACAUCAAGAAUGAUGACAAUAUAGACUUAUAUGUACAAACACACAUAAACAGAAGAACAGUGCUAAAAAUCAGGUCAACUAUGUAUAUUUGAUGAAAGAAUUACAGACUUAAAGCAAUCCGUAGCAUGGAAUACAACCAUCGCACCUCUAUCAGCAUCAACGGCUCUAGGUCAGAUGCGUCGCCCACCAAGGAUGGCGGAUAUGGAACCGGUGACCCCUCCCCCGCCAAAGUCACAGCCACCACUAUGGCCGGCCAACGACCCCCUCCAGCCACCCAAUCACUGGCACACAUCAACUCCGAUGAACCUAACUAGCCCCAAUCUACUCCCCUGAGCCCAAGCCCACCACUGUCCGACCCAAACCAACCAGAAGAGAUCUGGCCGUCUGCAACCAAGUCGGACUAGAAGUCGUCUCUAGGGAGACGUCGUCAUCCACGAAGAAAUGAAAAGAAGGGACCACAUCGGAGAUGAUAGCACACCUGGGAGGCUGCGGCCAACAACGGUAGUGGGGGGCUGCGGCCAACAACGGUGGUGGUUGGUGGAAGCGGCAGAUCAACAACGGUGGAGCGCAGAGGAGCUUCGUCCGAUCUCGAGGGAAGACGACGAUCUGGGAGAAGCUUGGUCUGAUCUUCGAGGGAAGACGACGAUCUGGGAGAAGCUCGGUUCGAUCUUGAGGGAAGUCGACGAUCUGGGGCAAGCUUGGUCUGAUCUUUGACAAAUCCAGCAUCACGGCGGAGCAUAUGGAAGAGGAGCUGAUCUGAGAGGAAGACAACAGAUCUGGCCAUCUGGGAGAAGCUCUUCGAUCGAGCACAAAGAAGUCGAGCGCAGAGGGAGGUGGGCGAUUUGUUUUAAUCUCUUUUUUGUCCAACUCAAAUUUGGUCAUAUUUUUGUCCAUUAAAACUUGAUAAGUAAUAUUUGUGUUGUUUCCUAACAAGACUUAUGAUUUGCUGAUUUGGAUAUUUUUACUUAUCUUGGGCCUUUGUUUAUUGGGCUUCUUUUAUUAGCAUAUACAUAGUAUAUAUAGCGUAGGCCUAUUGUAUUUUAGAUAGAAGAUUGAUUUCAGUUGUAAACAAAAACCUAUUCCGCAAACUCUCUCUGCGUUCUUCUUCUUUUGACAUUCUCUUAGAUUUUGGUAUUCAUUCACAAAUUCAUCAGAAUUCUUGAAUCCAAUCAUUAACAUGGUAUCAGAUUAGGUUACGAUCUUCAUCAUCUUUUCUGAUUUCUUCUUCUUCGAUUUCUAUAAUCGAUCUUUUCUGAUUUCUUCUUCUUCGAUUUUCAUAUCAAACCCUAAUUUUUCGCACAAAAUUCUGUUGCGAUGAAUCAAUCUACUAUAUUCCCUCUCACUCCUCUUGAAGAUCCUUCCUCUCCGUACUACCUGCAUCCUAGUGACCAUGUCGGUCUGCGUAUUAUCUCUGAGACACUUCAUGGAGAUAAUUUCAAUGCUUGGAAGAAGUCGGUUGUGAUGGCUUUUUCUGUGAAGAACAAAAUGGCGUUUCUGGAUGGUUCCAUUGAGCAGCCGAGUCCAGAUAACUCUUCAUCCUAUGCUGUAUGGUAUCGUAUCAAUGCUCUCUUGUUAUCUUGGUUGAUUUACUCUAUUGCGCCUGAACUUCGUUCUACUUUCUUAUACUUUACUGUUGCGAAAGAACUCUGGGACGAAAUUAAACUUAGAUAUGGCAAGUCUGAUGGUCCUAGGCUUUUUUAUCUUGAAAAAACCCUAGGUAAUAUUUCUCAGGGCACUCAGACCAUUACUUCUUAUUACAAUUUUUUCAAAGGUCUCUGGGAUGAAUAUGUAGACUUCAAAACCCUUCCUCCUUGUUCCUGUGGCCUUUGCCUUUGCAAAAAUCAUGAAAAAUAUCAAGAAUUACUUCAGAAAGAAUCUGUGCAAAAAUUUCUUGUUGGAUUAAAUGAAUCCUACUCACAUUUGAGAAGCCAAAUACUUCUUCAAAAACCUUGUCCUAAUCUUUCUUCUGUUUAUUCCUUCUUUCUCCAAGAAGAAUCUCAAAGAACACUUCAAUAUCCUGCCAAUUCUGUUCCUUCUAUUCCUGAUUCUUCUAAAAACUUUGAUACUUCUGCCAAUGAUUCCACUACUUUCCUUGUCAAAAAUCAAAAUUAUAAGAAGAAAUCCUCUGUCAUUUGUAACCAUUGUGGUUACCAAGGACAUUCUGCUGACAAAUGUUUUCAAAUCAUUGGUUAUCCACCUAAUUGGAAAGGACCUAAAGGACAAAGAACUGCUCCUGGAUUUCAACAAUCAUCUUAUUCUAACAAGAACAGUCAGGCUCAUCUUGCCAAUACAUCUGUUGAUUCUUCUUCUAAUGACAUGGACCUCUGUGAUCCUACUCUGUAUAACAAGUUUCUAGAAUUUAUAAAGAGCCAGAAUGACAAAGCUUCUGCUCAUGUUGCUGUGGUUGCACCUGCCACUGAUCAAUCUCCUCCUAAUGAUUCUAAUUUCUUAGGUAAUCAUUAUGUCUUUCUUUCCACCAUUACACCUAUUAUAUGGAUUCUUGAUACUGGAGCUUCUGAUCACAUGAUUCAUGAUUUUACUUUAUAUACUUCUUCACCCAAACCUAUUUCUAUUAAAGUUCAAUUACCAACUGGUUCCUUUAUUACUGCAACUCAUAUAGGAGAUGUUAAGAUUAACAAUAAUCUUACUCUUCAUAAUGUUCUUUAUGUUCCUAAGUUUAACUUUAAUCUUAUAUCUAUUUCCAGUUUGGCAUUACAUGAAAAAAUAUCUAUUCAUUUCUCUUCUAAUCAUGCUACUUUGCAGGAUCAUCACACCAACACAAUGAUUGGUUAUGUUGAUCUCAAAAAUGGCUUAUAUCUCUACAACUCUGCUGAUUCUUUUACUCAUCAUAAAUCUGCUGUUGUUAAUCAUGUUCAUAGUCAAUGUUCUGACUCUAAAUCUGAUAUUUGGCAUUAUAUAUUAGGUCAUCUUCCUUUUAAUAAACUGAAUGCUAUUGUUGAUUGUACUGUUUCUUACCAUAUAAAUAAAGAUACUGCAUGUGACAUUUGUCAUUUUGCUAAACAAAAGAAAUUACCUUUUACUGAAAGUGUUUCUCAUGCUUCCAGUCCUUUUGAACUUGUUCAUAUGGAUGUCUGGGUCCCUUUAAAGUGCAAUCUUAUUCUGGUUUUCAAUAUUUCUUAACCAUUGUUGAUGAUCAUACUAGAUGUACUUGGGUUUUCAUGAUGAAAAACAAAACUGAAGUCAAAUUUCACAUGAUGAAUUUUUACAAUCUUAUCCUUACUCAUUUUAAUACAAAAAUUAAAACCAUUAGAACUGAUAAUGGAACUGAAUUUAUUUUUCCAUCCUUUUAUUCUAAUAAUGGCAUCAUUCAUCAACUGUCUUGUGUAGAAACUCCCCAACAAAAUGCCAGAGUUGAAAGAAAACAUCAACAUCUUCUUCAAAUUGCUAGAGCUCUUUUGUUUCAAUCUUGUUUGCCUCUUAUAUUUUGGUCUGAUUGUAUACUCACUGCUGUUCACAUUAUAAAUAGACUUCCUACUCCUAUUUUAAAUAACAAAUCUCCCUAUGAACUUCUAUAUGGUAAGACUCCUGAUUAUUCUCAUUUAAGAGUUUUUGGUUCCCUGGUUUAUGCUUGCUUCUACACUUAAUGCAAAUAGAUCAAAAUUUGAUACUAGAGCUGUCAAGUGUGUUUUUGUUGGGUAUCCUUUAGGAUCUAAGGGAUAUAAACUUUAUGACAUUGUUAAUCAUAAAUUCUUUAUCUCUAGAAAUGUCAAAUUUUAUGAAAUGAUUUUUCCAUAUAGAAAGUUUUCUGAUUCUUCUAAUCCUAAUAAUCAUAUUCAAUCUAAUUCUGAUUCUUUACAUUCUAUUGAUCAUGAUUAUUUUUAUAACUACAAACCAGUUUUUAAUAAUACUUCUGAUGAAUCUGACAAUUCUUCUACUGAUUAUUUACAAAAUCAGAUCAAUGAUGAAACUACUUUAAUGAAUUUACAAAAUUCCAUGCUAAAUAAUGAUUCUAGUGUAUUACAGAACUCUAAUGUUCCAGAUGAUCAUUCACAAAGGAAAUCAACAAGGGUAAGGUCUUUGCCUAAUCAUUUACAAGACUACAGUUAUGAAUUACCUAAUUCCAUAAGUGCAGGUAUUUCUAAUAUUCCUUCAUCUACAUGCAAUUCUGUAAGAUAUCCUAUUACAAAUUAUAUUACCUAUACCAGAUUAAAUGAUUCUCAUUCUUGUUUUAUUGUUGCUUUAUCUAAUAUCAAAGAACCUAAAAAUUUUAAACAAGCUGCAAAACUUCCUGAAUGGCAAACUGCUAUGUCUACUGAACUUCAAGCUCUUGAGAAAAAUAAUACUUAGAUCUUAGUUAAUCCACCCUCUAAUCAGAAUAUCAUUGGAUGUAAAUGGGUCUUUAAAACAAAAUUAAAACCUGAUGGUUCUUUAGAUAAAUAUAAAGCUAGAUUAGUUGCUAAAGGCUAUACUCAAGAAGAAGGCUUUGAUUAUUUUGACACCUUUUCUCCUGUUGUUAAACUGACAACUGUUAGGAUUAUCUUAGCUAUUGCUAGUGCUAAGAAAUGGUUUUUACAUCAACUUUAUGUAAAUAAUGUUUUUUUACAUGGUGAUCUAAAUGAAGAUAUUUACAUGCAGCCACCUCCAGGUUACUUGUCUCCAAAUGAUACAAGGGUUUGCAAGCUUACCAAAAGUCUAUAUGGUCUUAAACAGGCAUCUAGACAAUGGUUUUGUAAGCUCUCUGAUUCACUUAAAUUACUUGGAUAUAAACAAUCUAAGGCUGAUUUUUCCCUAUUUACUAAAAUCACUGAACAUUCUUUCACUGCUAUUUUAGUUUAUGUAGAUGAUCUCAUUCUUGGUGGAAAUAGUAUGAAAGAGAUUAAUGCAGUAAAAGUUUUUCUGAAUAACAAAUUCACUAUUAAGGAUCUUGGAGAAUUAAAAUAUAUUUUAGGAAUUGAAAUUGCCAGAUCUGAUAAAGGUAUUAAUUUGUGUCAAAGAAAAUACACUCUUGACAUCUUAAAUGAAUAUGGUUAUCAAAACUGUAAGCCUUACACUACUCCCAUGGAUUGUAAAAUUAAAUUUUCAAAAACUGAGGGUAUUCCUUUAGAUGAUCCUAAAACAUAUAGAACUUUAAUUGGCAAACUUAUAUAUUUGACUGUUACAAGACCUGAUAUUGCUUAUAGUGUUCAAGUUCUUAGUCAGUUUCUUGCCUUUCCCACUGAUAUUCAUAUGAGUGCAGCUCACAGGAUCCUUAGAUACCUUAAAAAUUCUCCAGGUAAAGGUCUUUUUUAUUCUUCUGUCUCUGAUUUUUCUAUUAAAGGUUAUACAGAUUCAGAUUGGACUGCUUGUAUUGACACUAGAAGAAGUAUUUCUGGUUAUGCUUUUUAUCUUGGUAGUUCUUUAAUUUCAUGGAAAUCUAAAAAACAACAAGUAAUUAGUAGGUCUUCAACUGAAGCUGAAUACAGAGAUGCUGCUAAUGCAGUCUGUGAAGCACAAUGGUUGUAUUAUAUUCUUGCUGAUUUGCACAUUCAGUCUUCUUUACCUAUGCACAUAAUAAAUCUGCAUAUCAUUUGGCUUAUAAUCCUGUUCAGCACCAAAGAACUAAACAUAUUGAAUUUGAUUGUCAUCUAAUUAGAGAAAAAAUAGCUGCUGGUUUGAUUUGUUUAAUCCAUAUUAAAAAUCAGUUUCAACUUGCAGAUAUUUAUACAAAGCCACUUGGGAAUCCAUUGUUUAGCCAAUUUGCAGUCAAGAUGAACAUGCUAGACAUCCAUGCUCAUCUUGAAGGGGCGUAACAAGACUGGUGAUUUGCUGAUUUGGAUAUUUUUACUUAUCUUGGGCCUUUGUUUAUUGGGCUUCUUUUAUUAGCAUAUACAUAGUAUAUAUAGCGUAGGUCUAUUGUAUUUUCAGUUGUAAACAAAACCUUAUUCCGCAAACUCUCUCUGCGUUCUUCUUCUUUUGACAUUCUCUCAGAUUUUGGUAUUCAUUCACAAAUUCAUC